AUGGCGCCAAUUCGCAUCCCGUCUGGCACCUACGCCUCGUCCUCAGCCGUGUCUGCGGGCGCCUCCACCGCGCCACCCUCCUCUGGGUGGGACUACAUCCUGAAGUUCAUCCUGAUCGGCGACUCGUCCGUCGGGAAAUCCUCUCUCCUCGUGCGCCUCACCGACGACCGCUUCCUCGCCGACCCGGACCCCACCAUCGGCGUGGAAUUCGGCUCGCACCUCAUCCGGCUUGAGAACGGCGAAACGGUCAAAGUCCAAGUCUGGGACACGGCCGGGUCGGAAUCGUUCCGGUCCAUCACGCGCUCCUACUACCGCGGCGCGGCGGGUGCGCUGCUGGUCUACGACGUGACGCACCGUGCGAGCUUCUUGAAUGUCAAGAGCUGGCUCGACGACGUGCGUGCGCAUGCCGAGGAGAAGGUCUCGGUCGUCCUCGUCGGCAACAUGUACGAUCUCGUGCAGGACGAAGACGAGACGGCGCCUUCAGAAGAGGCGGGAGGAGAGGAGGAGCUGACCAGGAGAAAACGCAUGGAGCGCCGGCGCAGCAAGGGCAAGAAACGCGAAGUGAGCUUCGCAGAAGCCCAACAGUUUGCAGACAAGGAGGGCCUGCUGUUCGUCGAAGCCAGCGCAAAGACCGGCUACAAUGUCGCAGAGGCAUUCGCAAAGGCCGCGCGCGACGUGCAUUCCAAAUUCGAAUCUUCCGGCGACGCGGGCGGAGCGGGAGGGGAAGGCGGAGCAGACGAGGGCGCGAGAUCGGGUGGACGGUACGAUACGCUCGGUAAGCGGUCGAGGAUGAGGGCUGUGAGUGGCCGAGCGAAUGGCACGGUCAGCCUUGACCAGGCGGCAGGAAGGGCGGACGGAGGACAGCAGGCGAGGAAUGUCAGCGGAUUCUCUUUCCGUAGUCUCACCGGUGGUGGCGGCGGUGGUGCUCCGCAAGACGGCGAGGCGAGAGGGAACAGCGGAGACUCGCAGUGCUGUGUCAUUUGCUAA